AUGGCCAAUUCCACCAUGGUGGCUGAGUUUUCCCUCACGGGCUUUGCUGAUGAGCGGCACCUGAGGCUCCUGCUCUCCGUGUUAUUCCUUCUGAUGUACUUGGCCACCUUGUUAGGGAAUCUCCUCAUCAUCUCUGCCACCACACUUGACCAGAGCCUUCGUAAGCCCAUGUACUUCUUCCUCAGGAACCUGUCCAUCUUAGACAUGUGCUACGUUUCUGUCACUGUCCCCAAAGCCUGUGUCAACUCCCUCACUGACAACAGGGCCAUUUCAGUGACUGGCUGUGCAGCUCAAGUCUUCCUGGUUAUUUAUUGUGUGUAUGUGGAGCUUCUGUUCCUCACCAUCAUGGCCCGUGACCGCUAUGUGGCCAUCUGCCAGUCCCUCCACUACCCCGUCAUCAUGAACCACCAAUUCUGUGUCUGGACAACACUGGUCUCCCUGCUCAGUGGCCUCAUCUAUGCAGGUGUGCACACAGGGAACACGUUCCGGCUGUCCUUCUGUCAGUCCAACGUGGUCCACCAGUUCUUCUGUGAUGUCCCCUCUCUGCUGAGCCUCUCCUGCUCUGACACCUUCAACAAUUUCCUCUUACUUAUUGUUUCUGCCAUUUUGGUCGCUGGCGGCUCAUUUAUUUUUAUCACCAUAUCUUAUAUUUACAUAUUUUCCACUGUGAUGAAGUUUCCAACCAGGGAGAGAGGCAAGGCCUUCUCCACCUGUGUCCCUCACAUCCUGGUGGUGUCUGUCUUCCUCAGCUCUGCCAGCUUUGUGUACCUAAGGCCUUCAGGGGCCUCUGACAUUCUCCAGGGAGUGAUUCUUACUGUAUUCUAUACAAUAGUUCCUCCAUUCUUGAAUCCUAUUAUUUAUAGUCUUAGAAAUACACAGGUAAAGAAAACUAUAAGAAAGAUACAUUUCAGGUUUAUACACAUGUCACUGAGAUCCAAACAUCUAUGA